AUGGACAUGGGGUUCCAAGGGCAUGCGUAUACUUGGAAAGGGCGCAGAGCUGAAGGGGUGUUGAUCCAAGAGCACCUUGAUAGAGGGCUGAUAAACUCUAGUUGGCAGGAGGUUUGGCCAUGCUCUGUUGCAAUUCAUUUCCUAGAUGUGGGUUUUGACCAUUGUCCCAUUCUCAUUUUAACUGAAGGAAGACAGGAAAAGGUUUCUCGUCCAUUCAAAUUCGAAGCUUACUGGGUUUUUGACCCAAAAUGUGGAAAGGAAGAAAAUGAGAGAAGAAUUGAGCAGAUAAAAAUUGAGCUAAAUGAGACAUGGGGGCAAGAAGAGAGUUUUUGGAAACAGAGAUUGAGGAUCCAAUGGUCGAAGGAAGGAGAUUCCAAUACUGUGUUCUUUCACCAUAGUACUCUCCAACGAAGAAGGAGAAACAGAGUGAGCAAGAUUAAAGGUGUGGAUGGGGUAUGGGGGGAAAAUGAUAGUCAGGUUCGAAAGGCUUUUGAAGACUAUUUCAAAGACCUUUUUUUUGCUGGGGAAGAAGAGUUUUGGGGGACAUUCUUGCUUUUAUAA